GCCGAACGAGCGCGGUUGCAACACCAGGAAGCAAAGGUGGGACACCUGGUGCUGGCGCUGACGGCGCCUCGCUUCCGGAAGACCUGGAGGCCUCUGGCCGCUGCAGGUGUGGACCCGGAGCAGCUACGCCCGGCGGCUCUUCGGAGCCUGGGCGGCUUCUUCGCUGCUGCGGAGAGUCGGGCCGAGGCGGAGCUCCUCGAGCGUUGCGCUGCCGUGCUGCCAAGCCGAUCGGGCACUCCUCUGCCCGGGCUUGGUGCGGCGUUCAAGGCCAUCACGCAAGGCUUGGUCGAACGCUCCGUUGAGGCAAAGCUGCUGCUACUGGCAGCCCUCUCAGGAGAGCACCUCUUCCUCUUGGGCUCCCCGGGCACCGCGAAGAGCCUGCUUGCACGCCGCCUCUCGCAGGUCUGCGAGGGCAGCUUCUUCGAGCGCCUGCUCACGAGGUUUUCGGUCCCAGAGGAGCUCUUUGGCCCCUUGUCCCUGCAGGCCCUGGAAGAGGACGAGCUGCGUCGGAAGACCAAGGGCUAUCUUCCUGAGGCAGAUGUGGCGUUCAUCGACGAGAUCUUCAAGGCGAACUCUUCCAUCCUCAACGCGCUGCUGAUGAUCUUGAACGAGCGCUGCUUCGACAACGGCGACCAGCGGGUGCCCGUGCCGCUAUGGUGUGCAGCGGCAGCGUCCAACGAGCUGCCGGACACCGAUGAGCUGGAUGCACUCUACGACCGCUUCCUCCUCCGCCGGUGCGUGAGCCGAAUCUCCAAGAGGUCAGUACAGAGCUUCCUCCGGCUCACUCUGGACGAGGAUGUCGAGGAUGCCAACGGCGACGCCCAGCCGCACGUGAAGCCCCUGCUCUCCAUGGAGGAUUCAGUCGACCUGCAGAAGAGGGCGAAGAAGGUGGAGUUCCCCGACUCAUUGCUGGAGGUCGUGGCCGAGUUGCGUGAAUUUCUGGCAGAGGAGGCAGAGCCGCGAUUCGAAGUCUCUGACCGUCGCCUUGCAAAGGCCGUACGCCUUCUCCGCAUCGCUGCUGCCGCUGCAGGGGGCACCAGGGUUAUCGAGUCCGACCUCCUCCUCCUUCGGCACGUCUUCUGGGAUCGGGAACCAGCCCAAGGCCAACUGGUUGUCGAGUGGCUGUUGCGCCGGUUUGCUGACAGCGGCUCUGGGCAAAAGGCCUGGGGUUUCCUCCUCGAGGGCCUUCAGACGCGGCUGCGCCACGGCGCGCGAGGUCCAGCAUUGGAGGCCGUGCGCCGGGAUCUCGGCAGUCUGGACGAGGCGGCAACCGAAGCAAUGCAGCACCUCCUCCAAGUGGCCCGCGAUGCUCCCACAGAGGUCCUCACGCUGCCAGACGAUGCAGAAGGCCAUCUUGACCGUUUCUUUUGGCUGACGUCUACGGAGCGCCGUCAGGUGGCCGAGCUGGGGCAGCGGGCCACGAAGGACGCCGAGAGUCUCCGAGAGCUACUGAAAGAGACCCACGUCCUGGCGCAGACGGUUGCCUUGGAAGAGCACAAGGAGCGCGAGGAGCUCCUCUGGCAGCGGCUAGGCGUCCAGCAAGAAGAAGAGGUUAAGACAGAAGUCCGCUACGACGAGUGGGGUGAUCCCAUUUGA